AUGAUCGAGAUUAGCCCUCAGACCCUCCACGAAGAUGUAUCUCGAAAACUCAAGAGAGCACCCAACGGAUGUAUAUACACCAAGGAUUUAAAAGAUAUUUUUUCCUUGUUGAUCAUAUGUCUCGACCUCGACGACAAGGUGCCUAAAUCGAAGUUUAAUCCUUUGUCUGCCAAGACCUUUCCGUAUGCCUUCACACUUGAGCGUGCAAUCGAAACAAUGGCCCACCUCAACUUAACCAUAAACCUGGAAUACACCAGUACUGUCAUAUCGUACACCGUUAAGACCGAGCUUGCCACCAUCUUGUUGAAAUCAUUUAUGGAGUCAAAGAUGAUUCACGCACCAGCUGACCGAACCCGCUCUGAGCCGAAGCAUGGGGUGUUGUUGCAACCAACGGCCAAGGGUGUGGCCGUUCUUCAGAUAUUUUGUCAAAAAUUGGGGAUUAAGGGGAAUCUUAUGCCCCCAAUCUUGCUGAGUCCCUUUAAUUCUAUGGAGCUCUUGGCCUUUGAGCGAAGUAUCGCUACCGAUACGAUUAUCUACCUGCAGUAUCUCUCUCACCUUGUCUUUGCAAAACUCAUGGGUCCUUCUCCUAAUGUAUGGAGCCCCAGUAGUGAUCCAGAUCCAAUAUCCAUCAGAAAAGGAAAGGAGGAGCUCUUUAAUGAUUUGUUUGACUUUGGUUCUACGGCUGACAGUUUUAUGGUACAUUGGGAUGACAUUGGGGCUGCCUCUACCUGUAAGGGAAACCCUUCUCAGAUGCCUGAAACCCCAACACAGGUCUCACCAUUUGCCCAUAGGUUUUUCACUAAUCCCGAAUCGGAUUCCCAUGUGCAGUAUUACGUUUCAGAUAAAGGCGUCAGGUUGUUCCAUAACAAGAAAUUCGGGUCCGAUAAUACCCAGCUCCAGUAUACCUUUACCGGGAAAGCUGCCUUACAGUGGCUCAUGGAUUGCACGGACAUUAUGUAUGCGAGAGAGGCGAGGGCCGUUCUUAAUUUGAUUCACACAAGUGGAUUGAUUCGACCAGUAAGACUAACUCCUUCCACCAGUCCUGCUAACGGAUUUCAGGUCUCUAAAACAUCAUAUUAUGCCUUGAAUAUUGUGGGUGUUGAAGAAAUGGAAUGGAAUCUAUCGUGCCCGCAGGUAGUACUCACUCUGUCAGAAAUUGAGCAUUCCACUCAUUGUUUAAAGACGGGGAGUAUAAGAGAUAUCCACAGAUCAAGUGGCGAGGGAAGUUCCAAUUCUAUCAGGUCUGUGGCAGAAAGGGAAACCAACCUUGAGGAUGUUUUGCGGGAUCCCGGUUUGCGGUACGUGUUCAAGAGGUACUUGGAGGAGCGUUUCUGUGCUGAGAAUUUGGAGGUGUAUCUUGAGCUAAAGAAAUAUCAAAAAUUGUACCAAGCAUAUCUCAAUCUCCUCAAAGGCAUGAAGGUUACGGAGAAAUUCCGACAGGAAAACAGUCUGGUUUUCAGCCAAGUGGUAAAUCCCUUCCAAGACCAGAAGGGAUCCAUGGCCAUUCGCAAGAAUAUACAAUUGAGCGAUGCCGUCGCCAAUCUUUCCAACGAGUGCUUAUCAUGUGCUUACAAUAUUUAUACGUCUUAUAUCGCCAUUGGAGCUCCGCUACAGUUAAACCUUAACCACGAGAUUAGAGAGAUUAUUGGAGAGGUGAUGGUGCAUCCUCACUCACCUAUUAUGCAACACUUCAACUUCAUGGAAAGCCCGAGUACGACCGAAGAGAGACUUCUGGGUAUGGUUUCCAGUGAUAUGCAAGGUGGAGGACCGAAGGUUAUCGGGGUGACGGAAGGACCAAUAGCUUCGAUGGUUUCUGUGUCCCCUACUGAGUUUAGUGAGGUUUCUCGUUUUCUUCAUACCAUCACUCCGUUGCUCGAAAAGGUGGAGAGAAAAAUAUAUCGGUUGAUGGAGAUUGAUUCCUUUCCCAAGUUUCUUACCUCUCUGCUGUAUCCUGAAAGUACAAAAAUACAAGUGACGCUAUAG